UCUAACUUUUGAUUUUAGUGUGUUUUCUUGUUUGCAAUUGCAGUUAUUGCACAACUUAGACAAAAACUUGAAAAACUACAAGGCAGCAAACUUCCAGAAAGUUUUAGAGUCCCGUAUGACCCUGGGCUAAGAGCAGGAGCCCUAGUGAUAGAAAAAUGUAAAGUAAUGGCAUCCAAGAAGAAGCCCCUCUGGCUUGAGUUUAAAUGUGCAGAUCCAACUGCUCUAUCAAAUGAAACCAUAGGCAUCAUCUUUAAACACGGAGAUGACCUCCGUCAGGACAUGCUUAUUUUACAGAUUCUUCGAAUUAUGGAAUCCAUUUGGGAAGCAGAAUCCUUGGACCUCUGUUUGCUACCAUAUGGCUGUAUUUCUACAGGGAACAAAAUAGGAAUGAUUGAAAUUGUGAAAGAUGCUACAACAAUUGCCAAAAUUCAGCAGAGUACAGUUGGAAACACUGGUGCAUUUAAGGAUGAAAUACUGAACCAGUGGCUCAAGGACAGAUGUGUCAUUGAGGAGAAGUUUCAGGCAGCUGUGGAAAGGUUUGUUUAUUCCUGUGCUGGCUACUGUGUGGCAACCUUUGUUCUUGGAAUAGGAGACAGACACAAUGAUAACAUUAUGAUCACAGAAACAGGUAACCUUUUUCAUAUUGAUUUUGGCCAUAUUCUUGGGAAUUAUAAAAGCUUCCUUGGAAUUAAUAAGGAAAGAGUUCCUUUUGUGCUGACUCCGGAUUUUCUGUUUGUCAUGGGGACCUCCGGAAAGAAGACAAGUCUCCAUUUCCACAAAUUUCAGGAUGUGUGUGUGAAGGCUUAUUUAGCUCUGCGACAUCACACCAACCUGCUCAUCAUCCUGUUCUCCAUGAUGCUAAUGACUGGAAUGCCCCAGUUAACCAGCAAAGAGGAUAUUGAAUAUAUCCGGGAUGCGCUGACGGUAGGGAAAAGCGAAGAAGAUGCUAAAAAGCAUUUCCUUGAUCAGAUUGAGGUUUGCAGAGAUAAGGGCUGGACUGUGCAAUUUAACUGGUUCUUACAUCUUGUGCUUGGAAUCAAGCAAGGAGUAGAAAAGCAUUCUGCUUAACAUUUGGUGUAAGCUAUCUGUAGGUGUGAAUAGGAAGUUAGUGAAUGUACUUGUUGUUAUUUAUGCAUUCCAAAUACAUGAGCAGUCACUACUGCCUUUACCUCACUGGCAGCUUCUAAAAAGGCUUUUUUUUUUUUGUCUGCCUUUCCAGAAGAGCUUUCCUGCAGUUAAGACAUAUAUAUUUUUAAUGUCUAGUGAUGCUUCCAGUUGCUGGACUGUCAAAUAGCUGCUUUGCUGUUGUGGCCUGCAAUUUUCUUCUUUCCUUUAGUAAUAAUGAAGGAGGAGUUUGGGUCAGAUUAUAACCUGCAAUCUCAGAUAGAAAUUUGCAGUGGCAUUGCCUUAAUUGUUCAUGAGAGUCCAGGCUUCAAAUGGGGAAAAAAAGAGUCUGUUUAAAAUCGAUGGUAAUAUUGAAAUUCCUGCAGGAAAUUUAUUUCUUUAUCAGGAUGGCUUUUACUCAAGUGUUCUUCACCCACAUCGCUUCCCUUUGUCCCACUUUAUUCUUGUUCUGAUUUUUAAUAUGUGUCAGUAGAAAACGACCUUGACUCCACUACCAAAAGAAAUUGCUUUAUUAUUAUUGUGGCCUCCUGACAUACACAGCUGAACUUGACUGUUGCUGUAAGAGAGCUUCAUAGUUCCCUGGAAGCUCCUCUGGUUUGAACCUGAAAUUCUUAAGGUUUAAUUUUGGACAGAUUUUUUACUUUUUGUUUUGUUUUGUUUUUUAAAUGGGAAGAUCCGUAUUAUAUUACAGAUUAUGUUCUUAUUGUAAAUUUACUGAAAUUCCACCUGUAUGGUAAAAGCUUUGUAGAAAAAUCAGUGGUACUUCCUUAUUCCUCAGAGAAAGCGCCUCACGUAAAAGUAAUUGACGUUUUACCAAAUAUUUGAGAAACCCAAAGUUAUUUAUUUUUUGGGAGAUACCCAUAAGGAAUUAAAUUUAAUCUUUGAAAUUGUGUAUAUUUUGCUAUUUAUUUUUAAAUUCUUUAAGAGACUAUACUACUGAAAAGCUAUUUAUGAAAGAAAAGAAAUAAUUUCAAUAUUUAAAGCUAAAAGAGGAAAAAUGAUCAGCAUUAAGUAGAAUUGUAACUUCUUUGCUGUAGGAUACCUGCAAAUCACCUAGACUGCCUAAGGUAGGAUUAACUAUAUAUCAUGAAUUAGUCUUUGACUCCAGUUGUUACCGUGUCCUUCCUGCUGAUUGAUUCUUACCAAAGAGAGAAGAUGGCUUACAGUAUUGCUUUUUUGCACUCGUGCCCAUGUAAUUUCUUCUUCCAUUGUAAUUUUACAUGGGUUUUACUUUACAUUUAAAUGAUGAACUGAAUUUUGUAAUUCUGUUAUCAUUUGCUUUGAUCGUUUCACAGAACUGUUUUUAACUACUGCUACCACUGUUACUACUGAGCUUAUCCUGGAAGGAUUUGUACUAAAUGUACUGUAAUUGGUGUCUCGGUUAUGAGAUAGAGCCAAUCUAUUUUUGAAAUACAGAUGUUUAAUUGAUUCCCAUGCACAGUGAUGUUUUUGAUGUGUACGAUAGACUGAUUUAAGGAAAUCUGAAAAGGUAAAACGUAGAAUAAUUUGUUGUUCUGUUACAUUACCAUUCUGUGCAAGAUAGGCUUAAAAACCGUACUAAAAUAUAAAGUAAAUGAUGAAUGCUGUCUGUAAAAUGAUAUUUUUAGAUUUGUAUUUUGUAGAUCUGAAAUAAAUUGAUUGAUAUGUUCUA